AUGCCCCAUCCGGCGGUGCUCACCUCCUUUCCCUCCUCUCCUUCCUUCCUUCCCCUCAUCCUGUCCGCGGCGAUGCGGAUGCGGCUGCUCUCCCUCCUUGGCGCGGGCGCGGGCGCGCAUACGCCCUUCGACGCGGCGCACGCGUACGUGACGUCCCCGCUCGUGCGCCCGGGCGUGCUCGCGGGCGUAAGGGGUGUGCUGGCGCUGUAUGCGCUGGUGGCGAUAUGUGUGGCGCUGGGGGUGGAUGUAGGCGAUGGGAGCGGGAAGAGCUUCCUGAGCUUCUUCACGAACCUGUCGUACACGGGCGUCGUCGCGUACUACGUCGCCGCCGCCGUGCAGACCGCCGCGUACGCGCGCUGGGGGACGUACCCGCUGCGCCGCUGGCCCCGCGCGCUGCAGGCCGCGCACGUCGUGCUCCAGUCCACCGUCGUCGUCUUCCCGAUCAUCGUGACCGUCGUUUUUUGGGCGCUGCUCUCGUCCCCCGAUACGUUUAAGACGACCUACUCCACAUGGUCCAACAUCUCCAUCCACGGGCUCAACUCCCUCUGGGCGCUCCUCGAAAUCCUAUUCACCAACGCCCCGCCGGCCCCCUGGCUCGCGCUCCCCCUCCAGAUCGCGCUCCUCGGCGGGUACCUCGGCGUCGCGUACGUCACGCACGCGACGCAGGGCUUCUACACGUACUCCUUCCUCGACCCGGCCGCGCAGGGCGCGCUGCUCGCCGCGUACAUCGUCGGCAUCGCGGGCGGGGACGUCGUCGUCUUUCUCGCGGGGAGGGGCGUGGUGGUGCUCAGACAGCGCUGGGCGGUGAGGACGGGGAGGGCGCCGAAGCCGGACGUGCCAGAACAGGAGGCGCUGGAGGAGUGGGAGGAGGUGCAGCGCCAGGACGCGGAGGGCGGCGAGAGAGAGAAGCGGAGGGGGGAUGUGAACGAUUCGGGCGUCGCGGUGGGCCGCGCGGAGGAGGAGGCUGUAUAG